GUCAUUGCCUAAGCUAACAACACAUUCACACGAUCAGUCCGCGGCUAACGCUAACGUAGCUAUAGCCUAACGUUAGACACUGCGUCAACGGUAACGGCUAAGUUAUGCUAAUAAACAACAGCAACUUCGAAAAUUAGGUUACUAGGAGCCAGUGGCAUCAUGUUGACAGAGCUUCUAAUCCUGAGAAUAUGUCAAAACUGGCUGUCAGCUAAGAGUGGGCCUCACCCAGGACAUUUUGCUGCAAAGUUGGAGCCGCUGAAUGGUUCAGGAGAAGGAUGUGGAAAGAUCAUUCAAAGAUUCCCCAAGAAGGACUGGGAGGGAACAGCCUUUCCUCAGGGGGUGGAGAUGUUCUGCCAGCCUGGAGGUUGGAAGCUGUCCAGGGACAGGAAAGCACCCACCUUCUUCACCGUCGUGCUGACAGAUAUCGAUUCAGAUCGACACUACUGCUCCUGCCUCACUUUCUAUGAGGCUGAGGUUAAUCUGCAGGGAUCAAAGAGUAUUGAAGCUGAUGGGGAUGAAGAUGAAGAGGCAGAGGAAGAUGGCCUGAUCCAGCCAGCUCAAGUGUUUGCACCAAAAAGUCUCAUUCUCGUGUCCAGGCUGGAUUAUCCUGAAAUAUUCCGGGGCUGCUUGGGUCUGGUCUACACAGUGUACAUCGACAGCCUGAGUUUCCCUUUAGAGGGUUUGGUGGCCAACCUCUUCACAUUCCAGGUUCCUGUUGCUGGUGGCUCCCAGAAGCUGUUUAGCCUCGGAGCAGGAGACCGGCAGCUCAUUCAGACACCUGUGAAUGACACGUUGCCUGUCACAUGCAAAAGUGUUGCCAUGCUCUUCCAGCAGCUGGGAAUCCAAAAUGUUCUAAGCCUGUUUUGUGCAGUUCUGACAGAGCACAAGGUUUUGUUCCACUCCACCAGUUACCAGAGGCUUGGAGAGGCGUGCCGUGCACUGGAAGCCCUCAUGUUUCCCCUUAAAUACAGUUACCCAUACAUCCCUAUUUUGCCUUCGCGGCUGCUGGAAGUGUUGAGCUCGCCCACUCCCUUCAUCAUCGGAGUGCACUCCAUGUUUCAGAGUGAAAUCCAGGAUCUGUUGGAUGUUAUAAUUGCUGACCUGGAUGGAGGAACAAUAAAGAUUCCCGAGUGUAUCCACCUGUCCGUGCUCCCUGACCCUGUGUUACAGCAAACACAAACGGCCCUGUCCAUGGUUUUGCAUCCUGAUCUGGAGAUAGCUGACAACGCGUUCCCUCCGCCUCGCGCUGCACCCUCCAACCUCAAGUUGUUGGACAAGGAGGUUAGGGCUGUCUUCCUCAGGCUGUUUGCACAACUCUUCCAGGGCUACAGGUCUUGUCUGCAGCUCAUCCGCAUCCAUUCUGAACCCGUAAUUCACUUUCACAAGACUGCCUUCCUGGGCCAGCGAGGCCUCUUUGAGAAUGACUUUCUGACCAAGGUUUUGGAUGGCAUGGCCUUCGCUGGCUUUGUCUCAGAGAGGGGUCCACCUUACAGAGCCUGCGAUCUCUUUGAUGAGCUGGUGGCCUUGGACAUUGACAUCUUUAAGGAAGAAGAGGUCAGCCCUGCCAAGCUGCAGAAGCACAUCAGGGAACUCUCUGAGCAACUAUACAGAAAUGAGAACCCAAACCCCCACAUGGCGUUCCAGAAAGUGCCUCGGCCGUCAGAGGGAUCCCACCUGCGAGUUCACCAGGUACCCUUUCCCUUGCUGGAUGAAGAAAAGGUGGAGAAGACGGUGCAGGAAGGUGUGGCAAAACACAGCAGUGCACCUCCAUCUACUCGACCUGAGAGGAAAUGUGUUGUACCUGCUGGACCUCCCGUUGUGUCCAUUAUGGGUAAGAGUGGCUCCGUGUUUAACAGCGCUCGCAGGCUGGAGGUGGUGCGGAGUUGCAUUUCCUUCAUCUUUGACAACAAGACCCUGGAGACAGAAAAGACGCUGCCAGCUGCACUGCGUGCACUGAAAGGCAAAGCAGCUCGCCAGUGUCUGACAGAGGAGCUAAGUCUUCACGUUCAGCAGAACCGCGCUAUAAUGGACCACCAACAGUUCGACUACAUCAUUCGUAUGAUGAACUGUGCUCUCCAAGACUGCUCCAGUUCAGAGGAGUACACGGUGGCUUCUGCACUGCUGCCCCUCUCAACGGCCUUUUACAGGAAAUUAGCUCCUGCAGUGAACCAGUUUGCCUACACUUGCAUUCAGGAUCAUCCCAUCUGGACCAACCAGCAAUUCUGGGAAGCCACUUUCUACAGCGAGGUCCAAAGUCAGAUCCGAGCCCUUUAUCUUAACACCCCAGCGGAGAAAGGGGUCAUCACUGCUAGGCUAAAGGAUGUGGGCCAAACAGCAGGUAGAGAUGAGGAACACACAGCCAUGGACCUGGCAGCAGAGCAACUGCGUUUAUGGCCCAGUCUGAGCAAGGAGAAGCAACAGGAACUGGUGAAGAACGAGGAGAGCACUGUGUUCAGCCAGGCCAUCCACUACGCCAGCCUUAUGGUUUAUCUGCUCGUUCCCUUGGACACCAGCAAGAACAAGCUGCUCCGCAACACCCCUGUCGCUGACUGGGAGAGUGGCAGCAACAGCAUCGUCACAAACAGCAUCGCGGGCAGCGUCGCAGAGAGCUUUGACACAGAAAGUGGGUUUGAGGACUCGGAGAACAGCGACGUGGCCAACUCUGUGGUCAGGUUCGUCGCCCGCUUCAUCGACAAGGUGUGCACAGAGAGCGGAGUGACCCAGGAACACAUCAAGAGCCUGCACAGCAUGAUCCCAGGCAUUGUAGCUAUGCAGAUGGAGGCUCUAGAGACAGUUCACAGGGAGAGCAGGAGGUUACCUCCCAUUCAGAAGCCUAAGAUUCUGCGUCCAGCUCUGCUUCCUGGAGAGGAGCUGGUGUCAGAGGGGUUGCGGGUGCUUCUGGACCCUGAUGGCAGGGAGGAGGCCACUGGGGGCCUCCUGGGGGGCCCACACAUCCUGCCAGCAGAGGGAGCCCUCUUUCUCACCACAUACCGCAUCAUUUUCAAAGGCAUCCCGCAUGAUCCACUGGUGGGGGAGCAGGCGGUGAUCAGAGCUUUCCCGGUUUCUACGCUGACCAAAGAGAAGAAGAUCAGCAUCCAGAACCAGCUGCAGCAGAACAUGCAGGAAGGCCUGCAGCUCCGCUCUGCAACAUUUCAGUUGAUUAAGGUGGCUUUUGAUGAGGAGGUGAGCUCUGAGAUGGUGGAGAUCUUCAGAAAGCACCUCCAGAGGAUCCGCUACCCACAGUCCAUCUUCAGCUCCUUUGCUUUUGCAGCAGGGCAAACAGCACCUCAGCUCAUCCUUCCAAAGCAAAAAGAGAGGAACACUGGCUUCAGAACACUAUCCAAAACUAUUGUGAAGGGAGCAAAGAGGGCUGGAAAGAUCACGAUGGGCCGUGGUAGCCAGACCACGCUGAAGAAGAAUGACAGAGGCAGCAGAAUGACCUGGCACGAAGAUGACGACAUUUCAAUAUCAGAUGAUGGUGAGCCGCCGCCCAGCAGCACCUUGCGAGCCUCGGAGAAGUCCACCAUGGAGCAGCUGGUGGAGCAGUCCUGCUUCCGUGACUACCAGCGUUUGGGCCUGGGCACCAUCACUGCCAGCUCAUCUCGCUCCAAGUCAGGCGAGCAGUUCAGGAUCACAGCCGUGAACAGACUCUACUCCCUCUGCCGCAGUUACCCAGGGCUGUUGGUGGUUCCCCAGGCAGUACAGGACAGCAGUUUACACAAAGUGGCCCGCUGCUACAGACACAACCGGCUCCCCGUUGUGUGUUGGAAACAUCCUCGUACUAAAGCAGUGCUGCUCCGCUCAGGAGGCUUUCACGGCAAGAGUGUGGUGGGGCUGUUCAAGUCGCAGAACCCCUCCUCAACAGCUCCUGCCUCGUCCUCAGAUUCAUCCAGUAGUCUUGAACAGGAGAAGUACCUGCAAGCCAUCCUCAACUCCAUCCCCAUCUACUUCAAAAUGAACGGAAACAACACCCUGUCCAACCGCUCCCUCAUAGGCCUUUCACCAGGCAGUGACAGGAGGACAUCCAGGUUACCAAAGAUGGCUCCUGUCCAUUUAGACAUCCCAUUCUCAAACAGCUUUACCAGAGGAGUGCUUGAGUACAGAGAUAAACUGUUCACUCACUCAAACCAAAAACCUGCCAGUAAGGAGCGAAUCCACCAGCAAGGCAUGUGGGCUAGCCUGCGCUCCAGCAGCAGACUCAGCCAUCACCCAGCGACAGCAGACGUGGGCACCAGACUAGCAGGGAAGGAUCUGGCGCCCCCUGCAGGUAGCAUCAGUCUGCAGGCUCAGCUCCUUAAACAGCAAGCUGCCCUCUACAUCUUUGGAGAAAAGUCCCAUUUAAGGGGCCUCAGAGUGGACUCCUCUCUGAACUGUGAGCUGGUGCCGGUGGACUUUGCAGACACGCGGCAGGUGAAAGCCUCGUUUAAAAAAUUGCUGAGAGCCUGCGCUCCCAGUGCCACCUCAUCCGACUCGGAGGACUCCUUCCUCAAAGUCCUGGAGGACUCUGAAUGGAUGCUGCAGCUUCACAAGAUCCUGCAGCUGGCACUGAUUCUGGUGGAGCUUCUGGACAGCGGCUCAUCUGUCCUCCUCAGCCUUGAGGAUGGCUGGGACAUCACGACGCAAGUGGUGUCGCUGGUGCAGCUGCUGAGUGAUCCCUUUUACCGGACUCUGGAGGGUUUUCAGGUGCUGCUGGAGAAAGAGUGGCUCUCGUUUGGCCACAAGUUCAGCCAGCGGAGCAACCUGAAUCCCAGCAGCCAAGGCAGCGGCUUCACACCCGUCUUCCUGCAGUUCCUGGACUGUGUGCACCAGAUUUUGGACCAGCAUCCCCUGGAGUUUGAGUUUAAUCAGUACUAUCUGAAGUUCCUGGCUUAUCAUCACAUCUCUAACCGCUUCAAGAACUUCCUGUUGGACUCAGACUAUGAGCGCUUGGAGCAUGGUUUGUUGUUUGAGGAUAAAGGCGAUAAACAGGCCCGUAGAGGCAUCUGUAUCUGGGAGUGCAUCAACAGGAUGCACAGGAGGAGUCCCAUCUUCUUCAACUACAUGUACAGCCCCUCAGAGAGCGAAGUUAUCCUGAAGCCUUCGAUCAGCAUCCCCAGCCUGAACAAAUGGGACUUCUUCACCGAUGAGACUCUGUCCACGGGACCUUGUUACGACUGGAGGAUGAUGGCUGUGAGAUCAGACAGCUCGGAGGAGGCGGACGCCAUCUCCAACAGUAAGAGGAGGAUCGUGUGGCCGUGUUACAGCAGCGUGAGCCGCGCGCAGCCUGACGCCAUCACCAAACUCCUCACGGACAUUGAGAAGCUGGAGGGCGAACUGAACCAGACCGCAGAGAAAUGGCAGACAACCCUGGAGCGAGUCCGAAUCAGCAUUCAGGAAGACCUCGCGCAAGAAGGAAAUCUCCGUAAACAGUCGGUGUCGCUCUCGGGCCUCAUUCCCACGUCCAGCCUGCAGGCCUUCCAGCGGCGCUCCAUGCUGCACCUGCCAGACAGCGGACUGGGCGAAGACCACAACACCGCCACAGCCAACGGGAUCAACCGCCGCGCUGCAACACUUUACAACCAGUUCACCCCCAAGAGCGAGGAGAACAGGUCUUAUGAAGGGAUCCUGUAUAAACGAGGAGCGCUGCUGAAAGCCUGGAAGCCUCGCUGGUUCGUACUGGACAUUACAAAACACCAGCUGAGGUACUACGACACCGGGGAGGACACAAACUGCAGAGGACACAUUGAUCUGGCAGAGGUGGAGUCUGUGGUGAUCGCUGCGCCGACUAUCGGAGCUCCCAAACACAUCAGUGAAAAGGCUUUCUUUGAUCUGAAGACCAGCAAACGGGUCUACAACUUCUGCGCCUCAGACGCGCCCAGCGCCCAGCUGUGGAUGGACAAGAUCCAGAACUGCAUCUCCGACGCCUGAGCUGCAAACCUCAGAGCGCGGACACUGAGAUCAGCAUUGUGAACGUUAAGAGGUGGCGUCAGGUGGUUGGGAGCAGAGAUGUGACAAACUCUCAACUCAGCUCUCAGAUUCAGUCUUAAAUUCGGGGACCACGGUGAACAAAGUGCCUGGUAGUGGAGGAUGAAUACCGUCAGUGUCACCUCUCUGCAUGUUACUUAGCAGCCGGUCAGGCUGCCGUCACUCUGCUUCGAACACAUUUGUCUCUGCUGUCUGCUGCCUCCUCUGUGCCUCCGACAGGGAUGAAGUGAAGAUAAGCUGAUGUUCAAGGGGACUGCACUACCAAGGAAAUGUUAUCCUAUUUAAGCUGUAAAUGGAUCAAAGCAAUAUCACUGGCCAUUCAAACUGUGGGUUCAAUUUUAGACUAAAUAGAAAAUAGCCUAUAAAAGAAAUUCUAUCAGAUAUUUUACUACGAGAAAAGGUUAUUGCUGCUUGAAGAAACGUAUGAACCGCCAAAAACUCAGAGAUUUUAAUGCACAACAUUAAAAAGCAAUUUGUUUGCACUUAUCUCUAAAGUAUGCACUCCAAAUAUAGAUUUUCUAACAGAUGCAGACAGCGAGACUCAAGGCAUUACCUUUACAAUGUACAUACGACGUUUUCUCGAAACAGUUUAAAUGAAAAGAAUUUGCACAAAAGUGAGUUCAACAGAUUUACUCGACUUUUUUUUUUCCUAUUUAAAUAUGUGACAUUUUUCUCUAUUUUGUCGAAUGUUUAUUGACUUCUGAAUAACACGUUUGUUUCAUGUAAUGUAAAUUAUUUUUUUUUAUUAAAGGUGUAACUGUGUAAGUGUGGUGGCUUCAUGUCUCUCUGUAAAUACCUGUGUGACAUUUCAUUUUAUAUACUGUAUGUACUGAAGACAAGUAUACUUUUCUAACCUUAAUUCUAAUGUGACCAACAAGUCUCUUUUGUGUUUUGUUUUUUUGUUUUUUAAACGUGGCGUAACUGGUGCAAAAACCUGAGUGGCCUGUUCCCUGUUUGUGUUGUUCUGAAAAUGAAAUGGACACCUCUUUUUUUGUGGUUUGGAUUGUCCAGACAGGCUUGUGUCUUUUAAGGGCUUUUAAAAGAAGUAAAUGAAUAUUGUCGUGCAGGACAUUGUGGUUUUCGGAUAUCCUCGUCUCGUCUGUUCUGUUUGUGCAAACUAUUCAGUUUCAUCAAGAAAAGAAACAAAGAAAAGUGCAAAAUAUUCAAAAGAUGUCAAAGUUGUUUCUGUUACUGUAUCUUGUAUCAUGUUUUGUGGUGACACUAAUUUUUUUUGCAAAUAAACCAAACAUACUUGAAACUA